AUGCAAGAAAAUAUGAAAUGGUAUAUACAAGGGUUGGUGUUUGGAUACCUCAGUGUCCCCCAAAGAACUGGGAGGCAAAGGUCGUGGUCUGGAGAUGGUAGACGGCCAUCAGGAGCACUCCAUGCAACUGGGUUCCUCACUCGAUCGAGCUUGCGGCUCACUCGAUCGAGUUGUUCCUCGAGUUGGCAGAUUUUCUUCCUUAAAAACCUGUUCCUGCAAGAUUUAGCUGAUACAAACGCAGAGAUAAAGGAUAAAAGAAAUAUGUACAAGAUAGACAUGGGAAUUCCUCCCAAGUGA